AACUGUAAGGGAGCACUAAGCCAAAUCCUCCACCAUCAUCAUGUUUUCAUCCUUGCAGGGGGAGGGAGGGUUGACUACGAGGCAAAGUGGGGGGAGAAACAGACACACACGGGGCCUAGUCGCCACAUCUUUCAUGCGAAGAAGCUGUGCCGCUAAACCACCCGUUUUUGGUUUCCCACAACAGCUCCGGCCCGGGCCUCAGUCCGCGGUCUAGAGUUUGAUAGCGGGCUGAUUGGGACGGAAGCACGUCGGUGUGUUGCUGCCAGCCAGCCCCUGUGACCCAACCACCAUCAUGGGAGACAGUAGAGAUUCCCGCAGCCCAGACAGCUCGUCUGUGUCCUCCCCACCAUCGGGCCAGCGCUCACCUCCGCUGGUUCCCUCAGCUGCAUCCAUGACCUCCCUGCCUCCCAUCACCACCUCCGGAGUCAACAGCCCCAUCAGUAGCAUCGGCUCCCCCUUUUCCGUCAUCAGUUCUUCGCUGGGCUCGCCAUGUCUACCUGGCACGCCAUCGGUGGGUUACGGCCCCAUUAGCAGUCCACAGAUCAACUCAACAGUCUCCAUGUCAGGGCUCCAUGCAGUGAGCAGCUCCGAUGAUGUGAAGCCUCCGUUGGGCUUGAAGCAGCUGUCGUCCCACAGUCCAGGGCCGAUGCUAUCCCAGAAACGCCUUUGUUCCAUCUGUGGAGACAGAUCCUCUGGUAAGCACUAUGGUGUCUACAGCUGUGAGGGCUGUAAAGGCUUCUUCAAGCGGACAGUGCGCAAAGACCUGACCUACACCUGUCGGGACAAUAAAGACUGUAUGGUGGAUAAGAGACAGAGAAACCGCUGCCAGUACUGCCGCUACCAGAAGUGCCUGGCCAUGGGCAUGAAGAGAGAAGUGGCCAAGAUGAACGACAGAUCUGUCCAAGAGGAGCGGCAGAGGAACAAGGAACGAGAAGGUGAGGUGGAGUCUACCAGCGCGGUGAACGAGGAGAUGCCAGUGGAGAAGAUUUUGGAAGCUGAGAUGGCUGUAGAGCAGAAGACAGAGCUUCAUGCUGAUGGAAGUUCGGGCGGUAGCUCUCCCAACGACCCCGUCACCAACAUCUGUCAGGCAGCAGACAAGCAGCUCUUCACCCUUGUGGAGUGGGCCAAGAGGAUCCCGCACUUCUCUGAGCUGCCACUGGAUGACCAGGUCAUUUUGCUACGUGCGGGCUGGAAUGAACUCCUGAUUGCAUCAUUCUCCCAUCGCUCCAUCUCGGUGAAGGACGGGAUUUUACUGGCCACCGGCCUGCAUGUCCACAGGAACAGUGCUCACAGUGCAGGUGUUGGAGCCAUCUUUGACAGGGCGCACAAUGCCGAGGUUGGGGCCAUAUUUGACAGGGUUUUGACAGAGCUUGUAAGCAAGAUGAGAGACAUGCAAAUGGACAAGACAGAGCUGGGCUGCCUUCGAGCCAUCAUCCUCUUCAACCCAGAUGCCAAGGGUUUGUCCAACCCCAGUGAGGUGGAGCUCCUGAGAGAGAGAGUGUACGCAUCUCUUGAGGCUUACUGCAAACAGAAAUACCCCGAUCAGCAGGGCAGGUUUGCAAAGCUCCUCCUCCGACUUCCAGCACUGCGCUCCAUUGGUCUAAAGUGCCUGGAGCACCUGUUCUUCUUUAAACUGAUUGGUGACACGCCCAUCGACACCUUCCUGAUGGAAAUGUUAGAAGCGCCUCACCAGCUCACCUAGAGGAGCCAGGUUCGGUCCAGUCAGGAUCCGAUGUACACCAGGAUUACCAACACAUCACCCCAUGUUGGGUUGCUGGCUCUUCUUGUUGGGCCUCACUUAACUGCAGAACCUGCUGGUCUUAAUGUACCGGCAGUUCACUUGUACACACACAUAAAAACACACACAUAUUCCCUGCCACCGGCUAAUUAUCUUUACACACGCACAUGCAAAUCUUAACUUGCAUACAUGACUUGACAUACAGCAUAACUAAUACACAGAUAAAAUGGCUCUGGAUGAACAAUAUGCUAAUACACACAAACUUUCACCAUCUUUUCCCAUAUUCAGUUUUCCAUCAUAGGGGUAAACUCAAGGAAAAUAUCCCUUUUUUAUCUCACAUAUACAGUAAAUGUCUUAAUUUUAAGUUAGCCUUCAGUUUUUAAAUCUUCAUCUCACAGUGGGUUUUUACUUCUGCAUAACUGGUAUACUUCCCCUGUUUUUACUUGGGUUGCUUAGUUACACUACUAGCUGCACCUCUGUAUAUUCUAUCCAUCACUAGCCGGUUAGUUAUUCAUGUAUGGUUUUAGCUUAAAAUCAGGUGCGUGGCAUUUCAGUCAACUGUCCACUAUAAAACAAAAUAAUUUCUUAUUGGUCAGGAGGUGUCCUAUAGUGGAUAGGCAGACACACCCUCCCAGUGAGUUCAUCCAGUAUCGUAAACAUUGAAAUGUUUUAUGCUUUUUUGAAUAUUCAUGCUGAAACUUGUUUGAGUUUCUAUUUUGAAGUACUGUACUCAUGAAAUGAGAGCUUUUUCCAAGGCAUUGAAAUCCAGGAAAAGGGGGGUGGGAGCACUUUGUUGAACAGACAAACUUUGUCCCUCCCACCCUGAUGCGCACAGCGGGCUUUGUAAGACAAGAAGAAUGACUUGAAUUUUUUGUUUUUUUUGUUUCCUAGUUUUGAUUUUAUCCUUUUCUCUACUUUGGCAGUUGGUUGGCAUUUUAAACAGCUUGAGGCUCACAAAAAGUACAGCUUCAUGCAAGACAAAAUCGUAUUUGUUAGUCUUUUAUCUUCCUUCCCCCAAAUCCUCCCUUUGAUGGUGGUCAUUUAUGCACUUUGUGAGUUGUAACUGUGUAAAUGUUCCUGUUUCCUAGAAAUGACCAUCUAUUCUCAGACACCUAAGAUGACCUUGAAGGUACUAUGUGUAGGGUUUUCUUAAUAUUGCAUCGUUGUCAAAUCAGAUGAUUUGUUACAGAACUUGCUAAAUAAUUGGCCGCUUCCUGUGCAGAAGAUCACCAUGUUUUGGAAUUAGCACUAUCCACCAGUCACUUUGUUGAAAAUGUUGGCUGGCAUCAGGUAUGUUAGUCUGUCCUAACACUCAAUCCAGCAGAAAGUCCAUUAUUCUUGAUAGGUUCCUCUUUAUUCUAAAAAUCUUAUUUGUAUCAACUGGCCAUGGAAGAGAAAGAAAUGCUGUGUUCUUUGAACAAUUCUGCAUAUAAUUGGUCAGCCUCUAUCUGAGAUGUGUGUCCUACUGUUACGUCAGACUAUUGAGUAAAUAAAUAAGUGUGAUGUUUGACCCCUUCACCCAGCAGCUAUUGAAGUGUCCUUGUACAAGAUACUUAAGCGGUUUGAGAUACAUUGCUUUGUAGUGCACUGCACUCUGUUCCCUGUAAAAGAGGUGCAACAAAUAAAGCAGAAGCAGAGAUGGGAAAUUUAAAAACCAUCUGAAACUAUCUGACAGAGGCAAGUCAUCAAAUUUGGCUUAUCUGCAAUACUUUUGCAGUCCCCCACUACAGAUGGAUCACUAGCUAAUAUAGACUGAUAAACAAUGCACCCAUGUUAGAAUUGCAAAGGACCUCUUGUGUGUCAUGUACUGUAAAGCAAUAAUGAAAUAAGUUAAUGCUAUAUAAUGGAAAUCCUACACUUACUACCUGUUGCUUUGGAAACUUUAUUCAGUGUUUAUUGGCUCAAUGCUUGCCACUUUUGUACAGUAGAUGUAAAUAAUUAAAAAACAACAACAUGGGAGUCAUGCAGAAACAAAGGCCUGUUCACACUCAUGUGAAUGUGAAAUAUGUGGCUCCAACAAACAAAUUUAAAAGCUUUGCUGUUGAAUCAACAUUAGACUUGUAACAACAUCGCCAUGAAAUUGUUAUUGAGCCCAGGGCCAAACCACACCUCACUGCUGCUUUUGCACCAACAACGCCAAUGUUUCCUGUUGUUCUUGGUAAUUGAUUGGCUGGAUUUCAUUGACAAUGGCACUUGACAUUUACUGUGAUAGAAAUUUGUGGGCAACUUAAUCUGAGCAUUGCAGUGAAAAGUCAAAUGCAGCUACCACAUGAUCAGGAAAUAUAGAGCAAACUAUGAAUUAAACCGUCUACAUGCUCAAAGGUGAGCAGUACUGGGGUACACAAAGAUUUAUUACCAUUUUUGUUAGUUAACUAUUUAAGAGUGUUGCCGUUCUGAGGUAUAUUUAGCCUUCUUAUUAGUCACCACAUUUAGUAGAAAUUAGAAACGUACAUUUUGCAGUAUCAUUCUACAGGGAAGAGGUACAGCUGUCCUCUACCAGGUGCUAAACAACUAACAUAGUCUUUUAGUUUAAGACUUGCACAUUUUCAUCAAUGCAAACACAGUAUGCAAGUACACAGACAAAUCAGAAAGCCAUUCUCCACUAUUUCUACAGGUCUGCUUAAAAGAUCUGCUUAAAAUAUAGAUUUCCCUCUUUUAUUUUUAUUAUUGUUAUUUUAUGUCCCCCAACUUUAUAGCAGAAUCCUGACUAUGGAAUAUGAACACCAGCUAAGUGCUUGUACAUUUUGGCUAUGGCUGAUAAGUCUUCGUACUCUACCAGACACAGCCAGUGUCUUUUGUAUUUUAGAAAGCGGUUAGGCUGGUGGAAGCACCAAAAGUAGCUGUUGUAUUUUGAGGUCCACCAGUUACUUUGCCCAGAAUGAGCUUGCUGUUCUGCAGAUAGUCCAAAUACUUCUUCUCAGAGAGGAUCCUUAGCCUCCCCCAUGUAAUGUGGACUUGGAGGCUGGCAGUUAGAUGACCUGUAAGACAGGUGGUUUUGUUUAACAUGUCAGUAAGUUGGUCUAACCUUAGAGUUUGGUGUUGUUUCAGUUUUUCUCCAUCCAUAUGUAUGGCCAACACAACAAAGUAGUCUCCAGAUGUCAAUUAAUCUCCGACAUGCAGACAAAGGUCAGCCCCUCAUGCACCACUGCUUCAACAUUUUGAUGUUUGAAACACAAGGUGGUGGCAAACUUAUGAUAGGUGACAAGCGCCAACAUCUGCUGACAUUCUUGUGCUGUAUAUGGUGCAGUAUGGUCUCAGUGCAGUCUCAGCCUGAGUUUUGAAACUUGAGUGAAAACAAUUUUGAGAUCUUUGAUCUGGAUUAGAGCUCUGCUGUCUUAUAACAGGGCUGUGGGUGUGAGUGCAACUCAAAAUGAGUUUUUCCCCCUUGUCCCUCAGAGAGUAGGCUGACUUGGAUGUGUGCUUUUGUGAAGAAUCUCAUCUUCUGUUAAGUUGACAUCUCAACAACGUUCUCUACAGGAUUUUAUUUUUGGAGCUUCCUCUCUUGAAUGUUUAAGCCUGCUGCUACUGCAUCAUGUUUAUAGCUGGGGAUGGGAAUGGUUACACAAUCAGUCAAGUGUUGGUGGAUCCACUAGUUGACAUUAAAAAUACUAGUCACGUACACAGCUGAGCAAACGCCAAUCUUUGUUGAUGAUUCAUCGAAAAGUGAAAAUAUGCAACUUGUAUAUUCAUAUUGUGGUAACAUUGUCAAACAAUUGUCAUGCAAUAUGUGCGUUGUGUUUCUGGCAUUCGUAAAUUUUAGCUUAGUCUGUUAAGUUAAUAUUAAUUGGCAGUGAAAUGUAUGAAAAUUCCCAUCCCUCCAUAUAACAGCAAUGCAUUUAAGUUGUGCUAUGCCAUUUCUAUAUUUCUUUACAUUUUGCUAUAAGCUUAGGUCAUUUAGAGGAUGAUAAACAAAUACAAUAAACAAAUAAAAAAGCUAUACAGUCAAUGCAGGAUCUGUAUGCUAAGCCACUUUAAGCUUUCCUGACCAGGCAGACUGUUUUAGCAAGAGCUGGUGGUUGGGUAUUUCAGUUUUUUUUGUUAUAGGGUAUAUGUGGCCACAUGUGUAUGCUUUAAUGCACAUGAGUAUGGAGUCUGUCUGCAGCUAUGCCUUUUGACUGGCAGAUACUAUAGCUUUGGCUGUGAUGUGCUGAGCGCUGUUAAAUUGAUUUGUUGAGCAAAAUAACGAAAGGAUGCACAGUGGAAAAGGAACCAAGCUGGAAGGGUGAUUAACUGGCUUGUUGACCUGAUAUUUUAUCAACACAACCAGCCUCCUCCCUUCCUUCACUUUGCCCUGUCUCCACUGCUUUACUUCAAACUUAACAAAUGCUUAUUCACUCACCCAUGUGGGCUGAAAAUUACUGGGCUUUGCAUUGGAAUGGACUUGUAAAAUAAACCUUGAUUCUUGGACUGUUUGAAAAGGAUGUGAAGCUUUUCAUGGGACAAGCAUUGAAGAGCUGUAAGGAAGGGGUUCAGUGCCGUGUGUCCCUCUUUGCUUACUUUACUUGACGGCAAAGCAGCGACGACGAUCUGCGGUUGCCAUGGGAGACCCCUGGAUCGCACCGCACUGCCCACAAAUGUUUGUCGUUGCAACCGUGUGCACUCAAGGCAGACGCAUGCUGUGACCUUUUGACUGUGUAGCAGUAUUGUUGUCGCCAUCUUUGUUACAUUUUGAAAUUACUCGCUUUUUUGAAAAUAAAGACAUUGAUUAAAUAUGCUUUUUUUGAAAUGGAUCACAGGCUGUGACUGAAGAAUUGAUCAUCAUAUAUAGGUAAGAUAUCAGGGCGGCAUUUUAACGUAUUGACACAGGCCCCCUGGAGCCAAGGCCCAUCCCGUUAUGAUCAAUGAGGCAGUGUGUGCUAUGCAGCCUUGAAAUCACCACCCUCACUGGUUUAUUUAUCACUGCCAAGCUGUUUGCGGAUGUGGCCAUUUUAAAUGCAGGGCCACUCAGUCCCCUGUGCUUGUUUUUCAUGUAUGUUGUGAUUAUUGUGCUGCGCACUAAAGAGUGUGCGCUAACCGUGGCCUGUGUAGUGCAUACUAAAGAGGGGCCCUAAUAGGAAUGGAAUGACAGCUCGUGUGGAGAGGGGAGGACUGGUCACUGGAGAGAGAGAAGUAGACCAGUGUGUGGUCCCCUCUGGGUGCUCAAGCUGUGCAUUGGUGCUUUUUAUAGGGUCCCCCGGCCUGAAAACGUCUGCUUUGGUUUCCAAGACACAGGGAAAUGCAUAUAUGAGUGAAAUGCAAAUAAGGAAUGAUUUAACAGGACUAGCCUAGCCUAGCCCUAGACCUGCUCUUCUUCAGUUGCAUUUGGUUGGGUGUUUUCUGCAACUGGGUCCACUGCAACCUGUUUUUACUGUUAGAGUCAUGUGGCUGUAGCUGGAUACUACCAGCAAUAAAAACAUAGCCUUCAGAAUCUGUUUUAGAUUGUGAAUAAGAAACUGUGGCUCUUAUCGUAGACGCACAGUGUAAGGGCCACUAGAAUCCACAGGUCUGGUUUGCAGGAGACACCUCUGAGCAGGAUCUGGUUGAAUGAACUUGAUGGGAGGGAUCAACUGAAUUUGAUGUCUCUCUUUAAAGGAGGAGAUUGUUGUUGGUGUUUAAGAUUGGAGGGAUUGUGAAGGGGUUGGUCAGAGAGAGAAGGAGGGAAGAAAAGAAGGGCAGGGACUUGAAGAACUCAGAAGAUCAGGUGUUCAUUGUCGAUCGAGAAGAAAAACAAUACCUAUUUUCCAGUAGAUCUAGAAUCUUCCUUAAUUGUUUACUCUUCACCAUGAAAAAAAUUCACACACUGUUUCUUUGUCUGGUUUCUUGUCUCCCUCUUCUCCGACUGUGCUCUUCAUCUUUUGUUUAUUACAAAGUAUUAAACAAAUACAAGAACUGUAAAAUCAGAAUGGAAUCUGUCACUCUUAUUUUUCUCUCUCUUUCUCUUGUGUCUGUUGUUUGUCCUGUUUGUAUCUUAUUCCAUCAUACAUGUGGAGCUGAUUGACUAUUGUGUGCUUCGGGGAUUGAAAGAAGAAAAAAAAUAUGAAUAAUUUUUUCAGUCAUUAAUUCUGAAUCUUGUUUCUGUUUGUUGUAUCAUGUCCGAGUAAAGGUUUUAAUACUGUA